AUGGGUAAUAAACAACCUAAGAAACCCAUAUCAACUGAACUUACAAAGGAAGAAAUGAUUAUGCUCACAACAAAUACGAAAUUUACUGAAAACGAAAUUCGAGAGUGGCAUGUGAGUUUCACUCGCGAUUGUCCAACUGGUGGAAUCGAUAAAAAAAAGUUUAUUGAAUUCUAUAAACAAUUUUAUCCCAAUGGAAAAGCAGAUAACUAUUGCAAAUACGCAUUUAAUACAUUCGAUACCAAUAAUGAUGGUACAAUUGACUUUCAAGAAUUUUUGUUAGCCAUUGCAGCUACUAGUCAAGGUGAUCUUGAUGCUCGUCUUGGCACUGUUUUUGAUAUGUAUGAUUUUUCACAUAAUGGAGUAAUCGAUCAAAAGGAAUUGACUACAAUAAUCACAGCUAUGUAUGAUCUUGUUGGUAAAACUGAUCGUGAAGGUAAUAAUGAUCCAAAAAGACUUGCUACAGAAAUUAUAGCAGAAUUUGAUGCUAAUAAUGACAAGAAAUUGAGCAAGGGAGAAUUCAUUGCUGGGUGUAAAAACAAUGAAUCUAUUCGUCGACUACUUGCUCCUCAUACUUAA